UUUUAUCGUGACUGUUCGUUUACCACACUGGUAAUUUCCAGAUGGAAAAGGCCGGAAAAAAAUACAGCGUCGCGCUUUUCUGGCCAGAAAAGGAAAGCGAAAGCAAGCAAAAGAGAGACCUCCACCAAGCGCGAGCUUCAGCGAUUAGGGUAGGGCGAGAUAAGCGCGAGGAGAAUAAAUCAGAAAAUGGGGAGGAAGAAGGUGGAGAUAAAGCGAAUCUCGGACAAGAGCAGCCGCCAAGUGACCUUCUCCAAGCGUCGGAGCGGAUUGAUCAAGAAGGCCCGCGAGAUCUCCGUCCUCUGCGACGUCCAGGUAGCCCUCCUCGUCUUCUCCGCCCGCGGCCGCCUCUACGAUUUCUCCGCCGGCGCCGGCAGCUUGACAGAGAUUCUAAAGCGAUAUCGGAGCCACACAGAAGCUGAAGCUUCUAAAGCUGUUAAUGAUGCAGAGAGUACCAAUGAUGAAGUUGCAGCAAUCUGCCCCACUGUCCUAUUGCAAAUUGUUCAGAGGUUUGUGGUUGAAAAUCCAGCUGAUGUACAGCUGACCUUGGAUGACUUUGUACUGCUAGAAGAACAACUUGAUUUGGCUCUGAAACUAAUAAGAGCUAGAAAGAUGGAAUUAAUGCUGCAGCCAUUGAAGACCCUCCAGGAAGAGGAAACGAAGCUGAAAGAGGAAAAUGAGGUCCUGAAACAGCAGAUUGCGGCAGCCAUGGAGGAAGACGCUGGGGAUGAAACCAACGCGGCUAUGGGUACUAUUGGAGGCUCGGAGAAUGACCCAGUUCGACCAGAAACUCUGCAGUUGCUGCUUUAGGAGUGCUCUGCCCAACCACAACCUUCUUCAGAGACUAAUGUCCUAUAUUGUCUAUGGCCGAAUACUGCAAUAAGAGAAGUUCAUGGUUGUGGAUCGAUAUCCAAUAAUUUUUUACCCUGAAUGCCACAAACUCAAUAAAAGCGGUAAUCUAGUGUUCUGCUUGGGAAAUUUACCAGAAAUAUGUAUCUUCAGAUGACAAAUGACCAAAUAUAAGGCUUCUUAUUUAUGUAUUAUUAUCACCUUUAUAUUAUAUAUAUGUAUAUAUGCUCACUAUGGACAGG